CUCCCAUAUUUAGAGUGAGAAACAGCCGGUCAUCUUCCUGUGUGGUGGGCCGCCUGUAAACUGCAGGCGGUGAACUUCAGCCUCUGGUAACCACAUUCUGUUGGUUUUCCAGUUUUGCUCAGCUCCUGCAGCCCAUCCGACAGAAGCAGCACCAUGUCCUCCGCACUCAUCAGCCUCUUGUGUCUCGGAGCCUGUCUGGUCCAGAGGACCUGGGCACCCAUGGGUGGACACCACAAGCCCUCCCUGUUGGCCUGGCCGAGCCCUGUGGUUCCCCUAGGUGGACACGUGACUCUGAGGUGUCAGUUCCCCCUUCCCUUUGCCACAUUCAAGCUAUUCAGAAGAGAGGGGACCCGCGGCCGUGAGCUCCAGAGACAUCAUUCCAACAGCUUCACGAUAGACCCCAUGAGCGUGGCACAUGCGGGGUUCUAUGCCUGUUCUGUGGCUCUCUGCCACAGCUGCAAGUGGUCAGCACACAGCAACCCCCUGCAGAUCGUGGUCACAGGUGUGCUCAGGCGUCCCUCCAUCUCAGCCCAGCCCAGCCCCCUUGUGCACGCAGGGGUGAGUGUGACCCUGUGCUGUCACUCACGGCUGAUCUUUGACACGUUUAUCCUGCACAGAGAGGGGGGCACACAGUAUUCUCAGCAACACAGAGAGAAGUUUUCUGGGGUGCACAGCCAGGCUCGCUUCUCCAUGGGCCCCCUGACGCCUGCGCGUGGGGGGACCUACAGAUGCUACGGCACCCUCAGCCACGCCCCCCAGGAGUGGUCGGCCCCCAGUGACCCCGUGGAUGUCGCGGUCACAGGAAAACACGAGAAGCCGCAUCUCUCUGCCCUGCUGGGCUCCGUGGUGCGGUCAGCAGGGAAUGUGACCUUGCUCUGCGGCUCCGAGAGCUCCUUUGACGUGUACCACCUGUGCAGGGCUGGGCACGCCUGCCCACGCCGGCUGGCUGCAGGGCGGAGCCACAGCGGGGCCUCCCAGGCCGCCUUCCCUCUGGGCCCCGGGACCCCGGCCCAGGAAGGGGCCUACACGUGCUACGGCUCUUUCAACCACUCCCCCCAUGAGUGGUCAGCCCCGAGUGACCCAGUGCACCUCUCUGUCCCAGAAACCACUGAAAGCACUUGCCCAUCACCCGGCGAGCCGAGCCCCACAGACGAAGCCUAUCAUCCUCAAGAGGACACCGACAAGUGGUAUAUUCUCACUGGACUCUCUGCGACCUUCAUCUCCACUGGCAUUUUCCUGGCCGUGCUUGUUUGCCUCUGGUGUUCUACCAAAAAGCGUGCUGCCAUGAAGAGCACAGGGCCCGAGGAAGACCCAGCGAUGGACGGCGAGGACCCAGAAGACACACAGGAUGUGAUCUAUGCCCAGCUGGACCCAUGGAUCCUCUCCCAGGGAUUCCGCGCCACCUCCCUGAGGCCCAUGGGCCCCUCCGUGAACCCAGCAUCCACAUGACACUCAACGACACCAAGCCUGCAGAGGCCGGACCUGGCUCCACGCGUGAGCCUUUCUGAGCGAGGACCCGGGUAUCUUCCAAGGAGGAGUUCCCUCACGGGCCCCCUUCCUCCUCUUCCAAACAAUCGCUACAUCUCCACGGUGACAGCAGCAGAGCCUCACGACGUUCAGGAUCGUCUUUAGAGCCCAGAACCCCUACCUAACCGCUCAGCUCCACUGUCACUCUAUUACGUCAUACUGAGAAUCCUAUUAUAGGACUCUGUUAUGAAUAUCAGCCAUUGCCAGAGAUUCUGCUGUGCCCA